AUGACCGACUGUGAACUUGAGCUGGGUGGUGGACCUUCCUUCGCCGUGUUCAAGUACCUCUGCUACAGUGCGACAGACAGUAGCAAGAAGGCAUUCAUGAGAAUUUACUUUCAGAUUCCCAACCCCGGAACAGAGUCCCAGCUCCCCCGGCUUCGACAACAACAGGCAGCUCCACCCCGUGAGCAUUUGGAGCUACAAGCUUUGAAGGAUCUCAGUAAACAACACUGUACUGUGGUCCCAGCUCUCCUCGCCUACAAAGAAGGAAAGCAAGGCAAGGACGGCGUGGUUCCAGACGGCUACAUAACACAUAUUGUGUGGGAAAUGGUCAGCGGGAAGCCACUUGAUACGGAUCAGUUCUGGAGGCCUGAAUCGGCGCGGUUACGCGAGGCUGUCCGCACGAAGUUCCGCGAUAUCUGGGAAGAGUUGAAGCGUCAUGGAUGGCAGCCAGGGCUCCCUCUUCUGCAGAAGAUUAUCUACGACGAGUCAACCGGGGAUAUGCAUAUUGCAGGUUUCCGAGACCCCGACCGCUUCGAUUCCGGCGAGAAAUUUUCCGACAUGACCUUUGUCUUUUGGCGUUUAACUACGCCACCCAGAAAGUCCGGUUGGGAGAAAGACCCUACCAAGUGGGCCUGGUAA